CGCGCGCGUCGCCUGUCGAAAUUUUCGAGUUCUUGUUUGUCGGAGGCCAAGGCUAGAAAAUCAUGACUCGUGGAAAUCAACGUGAACUAGCCAGAGCGAAAAACUUAAAAAAGUCAUCAAAGAAAACAGCUGCGGAGCAGGAGAGUAAUAAGGGUUUAACUCUUGAACAAAGGAAACAACGAGAUGCUGAAAGGAUGAGGGAAAAGCAGUUAAAAAAGCAACAAGACGGCGAAGUGGGAAAUCAAGCAGUGAAAUAACGAUAAUCAAAAUAUCUUGUUAUAUAAGAACGAAACAAAGAAAAAAAAAUUUUAUUAACGAUGAUACUGACAUUAAUGAAUUUCCUUUAUGAGUAAUUCUCGUUCAGCUUCGCAAGCAUUAAAGGACAAUUGUGCAAACAAAAAACAAAAAUGUUCUGUUUGUAAUUUAGCAUAAUUAAUUUCCAUAGACUGUACAGAACAUGAAUAGUGUUAUGUCCUUACAAAAUAAUUCACAGAAGCUAUUGGAGUAGACAUUGUGAAUAAAAAGAAAAAAAA